AGUCAGUCAGAUAAAGAAAUCCGAAAACGGUACUCAUAAAAGAGUUCUAACCUAUUGUCACACGACCGAACGAAUCGGCAUCAAGAACAUGAUUUUUGUACAGUCACAAUCGUAUAGACUGUUUGGUUCACUCGCUCCAAUGUGCAUAAAUGAUUGCAAACUGUCGUUUUGUUUAUCUUUUUUGGCAACACUCAUUAAACAAAUAAACAUCUCACGCUGCUGCUAUUGUAGUUGUUGUACCGCUGUGUGGUCGUAACUGUGCAUUAGAAGAGCUCAUUCAAUACCAAUUGAAUUGCGCACAAAACUUCAGAGACAUAUGAUGUGAAAAAGUACAAGAGCACAUUGUGUGCUGUAAUUAAAACGAAAUUUGUCCAAUAAAACGACAAAGUUUAGGAAUAAUGUCGUCGCUACGAGAUUUAACCGAUAUUCCAGCUAAAUAUCGUUCAAUAUUCUCGCCAAUUCGUCAAUUCAAUCGCGUGCAAUCCGAGAUUUUCGAUGAUGUGUUCAGAACAAAGAAGCACAUUGUGGUCAGUGCACCGACUGGCAGCGGAAAAACAGCAAUAUUCGAACUGGCCAUUGUCAAUCUGUUGAUGAGUCUGGAACAGACCAAUUGCAACACGGAAAGUGUCAAAAUUGUUUACGUUGCACCAACGAAGGCGCUAUGCAACGAAAUGUUUCAAAAGUGGCAAGAAAAGUUCAGUGCGGCAGUCGAUUUGAAAGUGGCUUUGGUCACCGGUGACUCUGAUCCAACCGAUAUGUCAGAUUUGAUUGACUUGUCACCGUAUCAGAUCGCUGUAACAACACCGGAAAAAUGGGAUUCCAUGACACGUAAAUGGAAAGAUCAUACGGAGAUUGCAAACGCAGUCCGUUUGGUGUUGAUUGACGAAGUGCAUCUGGUUGGCGACACAUCGCGUGGCCCAACACUCGAAGCCAUUGUAUCACGAAUCAAAACAUUUCCACAGAACCGACGCAACAAUGGGCAAAUACGUUUCAUAUCGGUAUCAGCAUCGUUACCGAACAUUGAAGACGUUGCCAAAUGGAUUUGCGCCGGACAGCCAGACGAUUCGGUGCGCACAUUUAAAAUUGAAGAGAAUCAGCGACCAAUAAAACUCAAACGCUAUGUACGCGGCUUCACACCACAGACAAAUUCAUUUUAUUUCAACAAUUACCUCACCAGUGAGUUGAUCAAAAUUGUGGACGGGAUUCUUGCUCAACUUUCCACUGAAAAACAGAUUUUGAUAUUCUGUCCAACACGAAACGAUGUUGAGUCAUCGCUAGAUCAGCUACGCAACGGAGGCCAACUGCUCGGAAAAGUGCAACUGAAUGGAAUGCAACGAUCGAUUCUGAAAGAUGUCUGCUCAAGGAUAAAAGAUGACAAACUACGAUCAGCCGUUAAAGUUGGAUUCGCAUUUCAUCAUGCUGGCCUUUCGUAUGAUGAUCGCGAACAGAUCGAAAAUGCAUACAGAAAUGGUGCUAUUAAGAUUUUGCUUAGCACAAACACACUCGCCAUGGGCGUUAACUUACCAGCACAUACGGUCAUCAUCAAAUCGACUGAGCAUUUUUUCAAGGGUACGACUCAAGAGAUCUCUGACUCAAUGAUCCUGCAAAUGAUGGGUCGAGCGGGUCGCCAACAAUAUAACACCACUGGAUGUGUUUACAUCAUGACCAAAGCAGACAGAAAAGAAUUUUACGAGAAGCUAGCCGUGGGUACCGUACAAAUUGAAUCGCAUUUGAACAACAAGCUGGCCGAAUUUCUAAAUGCUGAAAUCGCAUUGAAUACCAUUACUGAUAAUGAUGCAAGUGUAAUGCAAUGGUUACGAACAACGUUCCUCUUCACACGCACCACCAAUCGCUCGGCGAUGACCAAAAACUCGAACGAAGAAGCUGCAUUAAAAGAUUUGUGCAAGCGAGCGAUCGAAGAUUUGCAACGUUCUAAGGCAGUUGAGCUGAAGCCGGACGGCAGCGUUUCAACUCUUCCUUUCGGCGUAAUCAUGGCCAAGUACUUCUUGUCUAUUCCAACCAUAGUGGCAUUCCAAGGAUUACGCGGAAGUGAGUCGAUCUUCGGAAUUUUGGAUAAAAUCGUUUGUUGUAACGAAUUUACGGACAUUUAUGUACGUAGAAAUGAAAAGAAAAUCUUGAAUGACGUCAACUAUCGUUUACGAUUCCCGAUACCAUCAAUUUCGGCGGCUUCGAAUCAAAUGGCUAUUCAAACGGUGCCACAAAAAGUUUCAUGCCUUUUGCAAGCGUUUCUAAGUGGCGAGACUAUUGAAAACUCAGGCCUUCUUGUGGAUCAACGGCGAAUUGUUCAAAUCACUGAACGAAUGACCAGCAGUUUAAUCGACUUCUUUCAAACCAGCCAAUUCACAAACGAAUGUUUCGACGCAAUUCUGGCGUCGACGAUUUUGAUUAAAUCUCUUCGAACUAAAACAUGGUCGGAUCGCGACGUAUUUGGUGAAUUGAAUAUUUCAAAGGCGGAUGCAGACAAACUCAUUAAAUCCGGUGUUAACAACGUUGAUACUCUGAUGCAAACCAAACCGCGUGAGAUUGAAGACAUUCUAAAUAAAGGAAUCCAGUUUGGAAAGCAUUUGAUUGACGAAGCAGUGAAAAAGUUUCCGUGCUAUGCAGUGAAUGUUGAUGUCAUGGCUGGCCAUGCGAUUAUAGUUCGCGUAGCACAGACUAACUUCGGGUACACUCGCCAAUCAACUACAGUGGAUACCGGAUUGACCUUACUCAUUGGCGACUCGUGCAAUCGCCUCAUUUACUAUGAUGAUAUUCAACCUGCUCUAAAUGAUAGCGGAUGCUUUGAAAAGUUGCUAUCAAUCGAAUCCAAAGCCACUGUCGUACGUGUUCAUGUGAUUCAUCAUAACCUAGUUGGCGCUGAUAAAAUGGUUGAAUAUUGCAUCGGAGAAAAGACAACGCCAGAGAAAAAUGUGACGCCAGUGAAAAAAAUCAACAAAAAUGUUCUACCCAAAAACAAUAAAAGGAACAGCAAGAGCAAGAAAUUUUUUGCGCCAAAAACACCAUCGGAUAAGAGUUCCAAAUCGACUGGCAAACAAUCAACGAUGUCACAGUAUUUUGUGCCAAAAAUGAACAAACCUGAUCAAAACACGAUCACACCGCAAAUAAGAAGCGCUUUUGAACCGAUAAACCGAAUUUCAGCAUCAAAAAAACUGAUAUUCUCACCGGAUUUAUUCUCUACACCAAUCGAAGCCACGCAAAAGCCAGAGCAGCUAUAUAAUUUUGACUAUUUGCCAAGUUCAAGCAAUUCUACGCCUCCCAAUCAACUAGGUGAUGUGUACAUCAAUCAAUCAGACGAAGUGAAGCAAACACCAUGUUUGGCGGAGACACCGAUCCAAAGCAAGAUUCAGGAACAACGAAACAAACAAGACGGAUCGAUGAAUGGUUUUGUGCGAGCCAACGCAAUUUUCAAAAAUGACAUUGUGAAUGACUCCACCGUUGAAAAACCAGCUGACACUCGAAAACAGUCUUCGAUUCAUCAUUUGUGUUUGGACAACAUCGAAUCGCUUUUUGCUGACUUUGAUCAAGUGGAAGAUGUUGACCAAGUGGAAGAUGAAGUUUUGCAAAUUUUGGGGCGUCUUGAUAGUCCAGAUCCAUCAAAUUCUCAAACAAAAACACGCGGCAUGGCAGACGCUCCAAUGCAUAAGAAAGAUUGUGACGAAAGUAUUCAGAAAAUUCUGAAUGUGAAUGUGAAAAUUGAUUCAUCAGAAGUGAUCAAAAAUGACUUUGAUGAUAGCGAUGAAUGGCUUAACCAAGUCGAAAUGCCACAAUCCUGUCAACCAAGCGAAUGUAUAGAUCUUCCCUCCGAAUUUUGGAAUGAUUUUAACUCGGAUGACAGCACAACCAAUCACGUCGAAAAGGAUACAUAUAACGAUGAACCGCCGGCUAAAAUCAUGGCAAUUAAAAAUGUUGGUGAGAAAAACUCAACCGUGGUGAGAGUAUCACCACCCAAGCAGAGAACGGUUUUAUCCAGUCCAAACAAACAGCAGCCAAGCACAUCAGCCUUGAGCGCAAGUCAGGUUUCUGCAAGCAGCAAUGAAGCAGUAUGCGGAUCGCCGAAACGAAAUGAGUCAUCUGCUGAACUUAAGUCACCAGAACCAUCCAUCUCGCGGAUGAAUGUGAGUGAAUUCGCAUUUCGACCACCACCCAAAAUGCUGCCAAGUACUUCACGCCAGACAAACAUGAAGCGAAGUGCAAAUUACACGGAACCUAAACCAUUUGUACCGAAGAAGUCAAAGCUGAUUGAUGUCUUGAUGAAGAAUGGCGAGAAGAAGCAGAACGAAUAUGGGCGGACAAUCAACAGUCUAACAAAUGGAAACGUGAAACAACAAAAGGUCGGAAAGACAUCAUUAAAACAGGUGUUCACUCGUAUAACUCGAAAUGAGCCUAAGCCGGAUGUUGACGCAGAUAUGAUGCUUGAACAAUGCAAAGAACGACUAAAAACCGACGCAAACUACAAUGAACAUGACUUUGCUCGCGACUUUUGUAAAUAUAAAAUUCUCAAACUGGCUCCACCCAAUCCUCAGUUAAAUGAUGAAGAAGACACAAUGUUCCCUGAUUUGGAUGAAUUGACUCACGUCAGCUACGACGACAAUACAUUCAAUUUUGCAACACCAUCAAGUUGUUUGUCAUUCAACGCGUAACUGGUGCAGUAUACCUUGUACUGAUUCGAUCAUUGUAGUCGUUGGAUCGAUUAUUUAUUAAUGUUAAAUUAAUUUCUGUCGAUUUCUAUUUACAUCACAAUUCUGUCGAGUCAGUGAAGACAUACAAGUGUCAAACUUCUCUUUUAAUAUUUUUAUUAUUGGUUCUUUUCCUAGGGUGUUCAUUUUCGUAAAAUAUUCAUCAUAACCUAAACAUGUACAUAUGUCGCUAUUUCGUUCGAAAAAAAGAAGCAGAAUAAAAUGUUCAAUGGUGAGAAUAAAAUCAUCAAUGAAUACAAAUUGAUGUUCAAGCUACAAAUCCAUGAUACAUGAUACAUGUAGUGUAAUUACAAGAGCAAUUAAAAAUUGUCGAUGAAAUUGAAAGUAAUUAUAAAAUUGUUCAAGAAAAUUAA